CGUUAACCUUCUCAGCUUCUUAGAACAUUGCAGGGACUUUUCUCUGGGGUGCCUAACAAAAUGACUACCACCACUUACAGGCAAUACACCUCUUCUUCCUCUGCGAAGGGGUCGUCCUUUGGUGGGGGCUCUUCUCGGCCUUCUUCAGUCCAUGUUGGUGGAGGAUACCAACCUUCCAGCAUCCAUGGUGGGCUAGGGGGAAUUUCUGUUUCUUCUUCCCGCUAUGUAUCUGGAGUAGGCAGUUCCUUGGGUGGUGGCUAUGGGGGUAGCAGCUACUGCAGCAGCUAUGGUGGUGGCUUUGGGGGAGGCUUUGGUGGUGGCUUUGGUGGUGGCAGUUUUGUUGCUGGUGGCAGUGAUGUCCUCCUGGCUGGGGGUGAGAAGGAAACCAUGCAGAACCUGAAUGACCGCUUGGCCACCUACCUGGACAAGGUGCGGGCCCUGGAGCAUGCCAACACUGAGCUAGAGGUUAAGAUCAGGGAAUGGUACCAGAAGAGAGGACCUGGUCCACAACGUGACUACAGCUCAUACUUCAGGACCAUUGAGGAUCUGAGAAGCAAGAUUCUAGCUGCCUCUGUACAGAAUGCUACCAUCCUCCUGCAACUUGAUAAUGCAAAGCUGACUGCUGAUGACUUCAGAACCAAAUAUGAAACAGAACAUGCCCUUCGUACAAGUGUUGAGGCUGAUAUCCAUGGCUUACGUAAAGUCAUGGAUGAAUUGACUCUGACCAGAUCUGACCUAGAAAUGCAAUUGGAAAAUCUAAAGGAGGAACUGGCUUACCUGCACAAGAACCAUGAGGAGGAACUAAAAGUUCUCCGAAGCCAGAUGGGUGGAGAAAUCACUGUGGAAAUGGAUGCUGCUCCUGGGGUGGAUCUGACCAAAAUCCUGGCAGAGAUGCGUGAACAGUAUGAGCACUUGGCAGAGAAGAACCGGAAAGAUGCCGAACAGUGGUUCUUCAGCAAGACCGAAGAGCUGAACCAAGAAGUUGCCAUCAAUACGGAGCAAUUGCAGAGUGGAAAGUCAGAAGUUAUAGAGCUGAGACGUACCCUCCAAGGCUUGGAAAUUGAGCUGCAGACACAGCUCAGCAUGAAAUCAUCAUUGGAAGGUACCCUGGCUGAAACAGAAUCCCGCUACGGUCUCCAGCUCAACCAACUCCAGGCCCUGAUCACCAGUGUGGAAGAGCAGCUGGCUGAGCUUAGGUGUGACAUGGAGCGCCAGAACAGUGAAUACAAGAUCCUUCUCGAUGUCAAGACCCGCUUGGAACAGGAGAUUUCCACCUACCGCCGCCUGCUGGAGGGAGAGGAAGCCCACAUUUCCUCUCAGUAUUCUUCAGGACCAACAACCACUCGCCAAGUUCGUACAAUUGUGGAGGAGGUCCAAGAUGGAAAAGUGAUUUCAUCUCGUGAACAGGUCCAUGUUUCUGGGCGUUAAGCUGGCGCCUGGGACAAGUCAGCUUUGAUGUUGCCCUAGCAAUAUAUUUUCUGCUCUGCUCCCUACCACCCAUAACCUGAGCUCUCUAUGGCUACAUCCACAAGGCGCUAAUAAAGCUUUUUGCAUCUCA